GCCGCCGUCGCCGCCCGCCCCUUUCCGCUGGGGAGCAGCUGCAGCAGCAGGAGCGGAGCCGGAGCCGCGCAGCCGCCGCCGCCGGGGGAUGUGGCCGGCGCCUGCCCCGAGCCGCGCCGCCUCUUGAGUUCUCGCCACCGUCGCCGUCGCUGCCGUCGCCGCCGAGUCGUGCGGGGCCAGGCCGCGCCCUCCCCGGGCGCCCGCCGGCUCGCAUGCCGAGGGGCUCCGGGGCGUAGCUGCGCGCCCGGCGCCGCCUCCGGGCUCCUCCGGCCCCGCCAUGGGCUGCUGCAGCUCCGCCUCCGCCGCGCAGAGCUCCAAACGAGAAUGGAAGCCAUUGGAGGACCGUAGCUGCACAGACAUACCAUGGCUGCUGCUCUUUCUCCUCUUCUGCAUUGGGAUGGGAUUUAUUUGUGGCUUUUCAGUAGCAACAGGUGCAGCAGCCAGACUAGUGUCAGGAUACGACAGCUAUGGAAAUAUCUGUGGGCAGAGAAAUGCAAAGCUGGAAGCAAUACCAAACAGUGGCCUGGACCACACCCACCGGAAGUAUGUGUUCUUUUUGGAUCCAUGCAAUCUGGACUUGAUAAACAGGAAGAUCAAGUCUAUAGCACUGUGUGUAGCAGCAUGUCCAAGACAAGAGUUGAGAACCUUGAGUGACGUCCAGAAGUUUGCAGAGAUCAAUGGCUCCGCACUGUGCGACUACAACAUAAAGCCUUCUGAAUACACUUUGUCUUCAAAAUCUGAGCGUUGCCCCAAACUCCCAGUGCCAGCCAGUGCGCCUAUUCCAUUCUUCCAUCGCUGUGCUCCUGUGAACAUUUCCUGCUAUGCCAAGUUUGCAGAGGUCCUGAUCACCUUUGUCAGUGACAAUAGUGUCUUACACAGGCUGAUUAGUGGAGUAAUGACCAGCAAAGAAAUUAUAUUGGGACUUUGCUUGUUGUCACUAGUUCUGUCCAUGAUUUUGAUGGUGAUUAUCAGGUAUAUAUCGAGGGUGCUUGUGUGGAUCUUAACAAUUCUGGUCAUACUGGGUUCACUUGGUGGCACAGGUGUACUAUGGUGGCUAUAUGCAAAGCAAAGAAGGUCUCUCAAAGAAAGUGUUAUUCCUGAACAGCACCAGAUAGCUGAAAACAACCUGCGGGCCCUCCUCAUCUAUGCCAUUUCAGCUACAGUGUUCACUGUCAUUUUGUUCCUGAUAAUGCUGGUCAUGCGUAAACGUGUUGCGCUCACCAUCGCCUUGUUCCAUGUGGCUGGCAAGGUCUUCAUACACUUGCCACUGCUAGUCUUCCAACCCUUCUGGACUUUUUUUGCUCUUGUCUUAUUUUGGGCAUACUGGAUAAUGACACUUCUUUUCCUCGGCACUACCGGCAGCGCUCUUCUGAACGAAGAAGGUUUUGUGGAGUACAAAAUUUCUGGGCCUUUGCAGUACAUGCGGUGGUACCAUGUGGUUGGCCUGAUUUGGAUCAGUGAGUUCAUUCUUGCAUGUCAGCAGAUGACUGUGGCAGGAGCCGUGGUAACAUACUAUUUUACUAGGGAUAAAAGGAAUUUGCCAUUCACACCUAUUCUGGCUUCAGUGAACCGCCUUAUUCGUUACCACCUUGGUACUGUGGCUAAAGGAUCCUUCAUUAUCACCCUAGUCAAAAUCCCAAGGAUGAUCCUAAUGUAUAUCCACAGUCAGCUCAAAGGAAAGGAAAAUGCUUGUGCACGAUGUAUGCUGAAAUCCUGCAUUUGCUGCCUUUGGUGUCUUGAAAAGUGCCUAAAUUACUUAAAUCAGAAUGCAUACACAGCCACAGCUAUCAAUAGCACCAACUUCUGCACCUCAGCAAAGGACGCCUUUGUCAUUCUGGUGGAGAAUGCUUUGCGAGUGGCUGCCAUCAACACAGUGGGGGACUUCAUGUUAUUCCUAGGCAAGGUGCUGAUAGUCUGCAGCACGGGUUUGGCUGGGAUUAUGCUGCUCAACUACCAGCAAGAUUACACAGUAUGGGUGCCGCCUCUGAUCAUCGUCUGCCUCUUUGCUUUCCUAGUCGCUCAUUGCUUCCUGUCCAUUUACGAAAUGGUAGUGGAUGUAUUGUUCUUGUGUUUUGCCAUUGAUACAAAAUACAAUGAUGGGAGCCCUGGCCGGGAAUUCUAUAUGGAUAAAGUGCUAAUGGAAUUUGUGGAAAACAGUAGGAAAGCAAUGAAAGAAGCCGGUAAGGGAGGCGUCGCGGAUGCCAGAGAACUAAAGCCGAUGGUAGGUGGAGAUGAGGAGGUGGCCGUCCUCCACGAGUUUCCCUUUCACUUCUUCUCUCUCUCUGUCUUCACUGACUGCACGUCCUCUGGAGAAGCGUUCGUUGUCUGUAUCACGCAGGACAUGCUGCUCUUUCUGUUUGUCUGCUUACCCAUCACUUGGAUGGCAGAACUCCUGUCACAGCUGAGACUACCAUCUGUAAAAGUGAGCUGAAAGGAACAGCGGCGUCUCUGCCAGUGCUCAGAGGCCUCCAAGUCAGAACGCUUUCUCUGGUUUUCUGGCUGUCAGGAUUUGGUUUUCGUCCCACUGGACAUUUAGCGGUAUGUUUGAAGCGGCAGUUCAUUUUUACCAGUUUACAAGAUAACCAUGAAGGUUCCUUUCAGCUUGCUGAAGUUCAUAUUCCUCCUUUAAAAAAACAACAAUAUUGUUCUGUUUUCAUUGCUGUCUUUACCUCUUUGCGGAUUUUUCUUCUGUUGCUCAGAUUGUACUUUCUUUGCUGUUGUUGUCUCUUUGUUUGUUCAUUUGGUUUGGUUUUGUGUUAUUUUCACAUGCAAACAAGGCGAUUACCAUCAAUACCCACGUCCAUCUUGGUGAGAGAGGCUGCUCUUCUCACGCCUUAGCUGUAAAAGGAAUCGUUUUUUCCACUCCGUCACAGAUGGUAGAUUUAGAUAGGUAGAUAGACAGAUAGACAAACAGAAGGUUAAUGUAUAUGUGUAUGGAUGGAUACAUGGAGGAUCUCAUAGAUCAAUGGACAGGAAAAUAGGCUGUUUAUUUGGGGGAGAAAAGUGACUUAAUCAGUUUCGCACCCCCCCAGUUGUUUCUCUUAUAGAUAGUCAGUCUCCUGUAGUGUAAUAGUACAUGGCUCAAACCUGUACUAGUCUAAUUAAAAUGAUGCUACCAAUCCAAUAGUGACAUGAAGAAAUGUCACUUAUACUGCCUAGUUGUCUUCAUUGUUUAGGAAAUAAAGAAUCCAAACGUAAAACUUUAAAGGGACACAUAUAAAAAAUAACUGUAAAGAACUGGCUUGCCUCUCCCUCCUUUCUGGUGGUUGAAGCUUCCAUUAAAUCAAUCUUCAGUAAUAAGCAUUUUAAGAACGGUAGAAAUAGUUGAUGUUGAAGACCAGCCAAUUUGGCCAUGGACUUGGCAUGUAUUUCUCUCAUGACUCUUAGUAAGUAGAAGAUGAUUUGUGGUAGACCAGAAUACAAGUACCCCUCCCUACCAGAAACCCCAAUUUAUAGACGCUACUCCUGAGAGACCUGCCGAAGUUACGUAGCAUUCUGUUAGAAGCCACAGACUUCUCUGAAUAGUAUUUUCAUUUUUCACCUGUGGCCCGCACCCCAAGGAGUGUAUUCAUCUUCGUUCGGGUUUUCCUUCACUUUAUGUUGCUCAUCGGAUCAUAGCUUUCCUACAAGCUCUGUCCCCAAACACAUCUUUUGUGUGCAUUGUUCUGCUGGUGUGUUGGGCACUACAGUGUUUAACUCCCAAGAAUGUCACUGUUAAGAAGUGUCCCGUCCUGCCCCCCCUGCCCCACCCAGCAGUGGAAAAUGUGAGUGGACAGCCCUAUUUCUUAAGCAUGCCAUUAAACAUUUCUUCUCAUGCCUGGUAAACGUGAUCAGAGUUGAUGCCUAUGUUCCCCCAGCCCUUGUGUCAUAAGGAAUUAUCUGAGACCUUCACCACUGAAGCAAGGGGACCAUAAAAAGUGAACCACCUGUUCUCAUUUGCUGUUACUCAUUCGAUGAAAGCUCUCCACGAGAGCAUCAUGUCUGUUUUGUAAUACAUACAGUAACAACCACUGCCGCCUGCCUGGCUCCCUCCAUAUGGGCUGUCUUCAUUUAGAUUUUUUUUUUAUCCUAUAAAAAUAUUUAAGAAAAUGAGGUCUUCAGAUUGUCCACUUGAUAGGGGGUUGUUGAACUAAAUAAGAAACUGCCACUUUUCCUCCUGAACUAUUUAAGAGACCCUCACUAGUUUAAAACACUUUUUAAGAUUCAUGAGGUCUCUCUACAAUUCUUAGAAGAGUUUGCUGAAUGUAAUGCUCUGGAGAUCUGGCUGUCUGCUUGCUGUUGUACAAGGACAAGAUUUCAAAGGGAAACCCAGGCUCCCUGGGGGUGUGGGCUGGAGUAGUGAAGGAAUGGGCUAUGUGUGUCUCACUGGUGACCUGAAGGAAAUAUGGCCUGCAGUAUUCCAGCAUCACAGGUUCGAGAGAGGAGUCUCAACCUAUUUUGCCCUGUUGCUGUUGUGACCAUGUGUGUAUGCUAAUAGCAUCAUUCGUAUCUCCUUGCAAUGGUAAUUUUCUAAGAUUAUACUCUGUAUGACUUUGUU